AUGCACCUGGUUAGAACAGCUUUGAAUGCUACAGAGAAGCCCCCAAUCCUUGACUUUUCAGCAUUUCGCGAAUCUGAUUCAAGAGCUCGUACGGAACUUAUUGAGGCCAUCAACCGGGCAUGCAGAGACAAAGGAUUCUUCCAGCUGAAAAAUACAAACGUAUCAAUCGAGCUACAAAGCAAAAUUCUUCAGGCCUCAAGAGACUUCUUCAAUCUUCCACUUGAAGAGAAGAUGAAAUGUGAUCUGAAUUCCAAUAACUACCAUCGUGGAUAUGAGAGACUUCAGGCGCAAAGACUUGAGCCAGGUGCAGAAUCUGACACCAAGGAAGCCAUCUAUAUAGGCGAAGAUCUUCCAUUAAAUCAUCCAAGGGUUCUUGCUGGGGAAUACAAUUGCGGUCCGAAUUUAUACCCUCAAGCACUUGGGAAAGCCUUUCAAGAUGUUUGCAUAGAAUACUACUAUGCUGUACGCAGCCUGGCGGUGGAAGUGAUGAAAGUUUUGGCCUUAGGGCUAGGUCUGGAAGAGGACUACUUUGACGAUUUCAGCAAUGAUAGACCUAGUUCAACCCUUCGAUUGAUCCACUAUCCUCCUACGCCAAAAACAAGCCCAUUGGUAAGGGGGGUCAGCGCACACCGUGAUUUUGGGUGUGUGACCAUCUUAUUACAAGAUGAAGUUGGAGGUCUACAGGUUCAGGAUGAGCGGACAGGAGAGUGGAUUGAUAUUGAACCAACUUCUGGGGCAUUUGUUAUUAAUAUUGGAAAUACGAUGAUGCGAUGGACAAAUCACCAUUUUACCUCUGGAAUACAUCGCGUUAUGAACUUCACGUCUAAAGAUCGAUACUCAGUACCAUUUUUCUUUAAUGGGAAUGCCGAGAAGGUAAUCUCUGUUAUCUCUGGAUGCGAAGAACGAAGAGAUACAAGUGAUCGGCCCUUUGGUCCACCUAUAAAAGAAUCAAAAUAUAAACCAAUCAAGCUGAGGGACUACUUGAAAGAGCAAUUUGAAGCCUCCUAUAUACCAGCCUCCAUUGAAGCAAAUAGUGCCUAUCAUGGUGACUCAAUGGAAACUCUUUUGGCCAUGCCAUCAAGCCCGGGAAUUAAUGACGCUGAAGCCGUCGAAUCGAACGAGGGGGAGGCUAUGAAUGACAUUGAGAUGGAUGACCCAUAA